ACUGUCAGUCGACAGUAUUACGUAAAACUGCGCUGCGAGGCGGAGGUACUGUCUCGCUCUAUUGACAAUACACAAUUUCUUCGAAAUGUCGAUGCAGGAUUAGUUUCGCAGUUUUGGCAACAAAGGUCUAAGUUUUAACCGUGAGUUUUCCACACCGUUUGCUCCGAUUUCGAUAUGGCAAAGGGAGAUUAGGCAAGACAAAAAAAAAACUCUUCUGCACUUUGUCUUUUACAUUGAACACCUCUUUGCCGGACGAAUAUAUAACUAACACAUCUGUAAAAAUAUCUCCAUUUUUUUACCGUGCUGUAACAACAAAUACUUCUGCUUAAAUCCAUCCAAUAUUACCCCUGUUGGCACCGAAAGCACCACCUCCUUUUGUUUUACAGCUGCCGUUGCUGUGAUGGAUUUCCUGUUGACGCAGGGAUAUUUAGGAAAGUGUUGAAAGGUAGAUGUGCUUUUUUUUGUACCGCGAUGGUGUUACCUUUUGAAAGUGGACAUUAAACAGCACCAGCAAAACGUCGGUGAUAAAAUAAUAAUAAUAAAAAAAGUGAAUUAGUUUCCGACGUACUGAUUUUUGUUUUGUUUUUUCUCGUUUAUUCGAGUGCAUUUUUUUCCUCCCCCUAGUUUGAGUUCGCUGGGCUUAUUGCGCCUUCUACACUGUUUGGAGACCGGAGCUCCCCGCUUGCUCAGCGGAUUCGUCAGAUUAUAUCAGACCGGUGCUGCUGAGAGAAGGGGCUUUUGUUUUUGUUUUAUGUUGCCCUUUUUUUUAAUGCGGUUUUUCCUCUGAUGGCUGAAGCCUGGCUGGAAGAAGAAGAGGAGGAGUUGAGAGAGAUCAGGGACCCCGGAAUUAGACGGAACAGAAGGGGACAGAUGAAUGCCGCAACAGAUCGUGCUGAAAGAAAUAAACCAGAGCAGCGUCUUUCAAGUCCAGGACCCCUGUCUUCCAUAAGAGCUGCUAUCAAGAGAACAGCAACAACAAGAGCUAAUUCACAGAAUGAUCCUCCCAGAGACAGAAGGCGGCCAGAGAUAACUAUUGUGUCAGCGGAGCCCCUGGUGUCAAAUGCUUGGUUUUCUGGGGCAGCUGGGGGUUUUUCAUCGCCUCAUACCCCAUCUCAGGGCAUCUGGGGACCAAGCAUCCCAGCAUCUGCACAGCCACCACCAUCGUAUGACCAGGUGAUCAGAGAAAAGACACAGGAGCAGGUCUGUCCAGCAGCCUCCCCUCGGCCUUCCACCACCACUAUCGCCACACAGACUGAUCUUGAAGACGUUUCUGCAGAUGCAGGCCUAGGCGGUACUGGAACACCUCAGCCUGUUCAGGGUGACGCUGUGCCAGCUGCUGGAAAACCUCCAAAACCUCCAAGGCCAUCGUUGUUGCCACCCAAAACUAAACCAGUGGCAAGCAAAGAGACAGUUUUUGUAAAAGAGUCUGCUCUAGUCCAAGAGGAGACAACAAAACUUUCACCAAUUGUUGGCUCCGAACAGUUGGCAGAUUCCCAAAACAGUACGACUGAAAACCGAAAUAAUCCAAUCGAUUCCUGCAGUAAAUCCCUGCUUAUAUCGGUGUCUAAUCAGUGCGAUAUAGACCCCAGUCCCAACAAACUCUGUUCUGACCCUACUGAAUUUCCUGGUGACCAGACUGAGUCUUUAGUAAUCUCCACUGAUCCUCAACCAUCAGUUGACCCAGCUUCCAAGGAGGAAACAAAACGACCAGUUCCACGUCCGCGGUCCAAAAUAAACCUGAUACCUGUAACCAAAGAAGUCAAGGUUCAGACUCUGGUGAGAUUUAAAGAGGAUGACAAGGGAGAGGGCACUCAUGUGAUCCCUGAUUGUGGGGAAUUAUCCUCAGGUACGUAUCUGCAAGAACUCUUAGAGGUUUUUUCUGUAGACGACCAAAACGAAGAAGACAAUAUGAAUAAUUUUGGUAGCCAAAGAAAUAUACGUGCAAAGAUACAGGCUUUUGAGUCCCAAGUGAGCACGGAGAGUGGCAAUGGAGAACCUAAGAAACCGGAAGUCCGUCCUCGCCAUCAGCUUGCCAAACCUCCAGUUACAGCUGCAAAACCAACUCUAAUGCCAAAGCCUUCCAGUAGAAGUUUCUGGGAAGGGGACCUUGUGACAGCAAUCAAACCAAGCCCAGCCACCAAGGAUAGCCCCGUUAUGGUCUUGCCCAAGCUGCAAGGAAUGGACAAUGUUUUCGAUUCCAAACCAGAAGCUUCUAAGAGCCUCAAUCCUAAUGUAGUUUUUAGCGCUAUGAACAAUUCUAGCCACUUGGGGAAUGGGAGUAAAUCGGGCUUUGAAGAUAACCAGAAGGAAAUCUUCCAAGUUUUAGCAUCUGCCACAAAGCCACUUGUCCCCAUGAAGCCCACAGAGAUGGAAAGUAAAGAUGCAGUUCAGGCUGAAAGCCCUGUGUUUAUACCACCACCUCGGAGGUUGGUCGCCUCCAGGGCGAAGAGUUUCAUGGUGCGUGAUUCGGGGGCUGUUCUCAGUCGCCCCACUCCUCCAUUGUUGAGGCAAGCAAGCCUGGACCUGUUGACGUCAAAUAACCAAGCCGCGACAGGCUUCUCCUUUGGUAACGGCACAGAGAGCGAGAGCGCGGAGAUGACGAUGACAGACUUUUUUUCCACCAAACCUCAGGGUGUAACACAUAAUGUUCCCAGUCGCCCAGGUGUGUCUUGUAAACCUACAAUGAUAAGAGUUCCCAGCAAACCCGGCAAAAUGCCUGAAGCAGAUCAGCAGGACCCUCCACCUCUUCCUGUAGAGAAACCAGUGGGCGGUUUCACUUCUUCUGUGACCCAGAAAUACAGUUUUGCCUCAAAACCAGCACCUCAGGAGUCAUGUAAUUCAGAAUGGUGGAACAGCUCGUCCUCUGAACCAUGUCUGCCACCUCGGCCCAGUGGAGGCAAAGUCCUCCCACCCCGCCCCCCUCCAGCUAAAGGGGCUCCAGGAAGGCCCCCCCCUCCCAGGACCUCUGCGCAGCCCCUCUCCUCCAAGAUGGGGGGUGACAGUGGGGUACCUAAACAGCCCCAGAGCCAGAUGUCCAAGAAGAAAGGACCUGUACUGCCCCCAAGGCCCAGGCCUGGGCAUCAGCUUUAUAACAACUACACUCUUUCAGUGCCACAUGGAAUUGCAGAAUAUGACUUUAAUGGCAGGAACCCAGGGGAACUCUCCUUCCAGAAAAACGAGGUCCUGGUGCUGCUUGAGCAGAUCGACAGUGAUACAUUUGUGUGCCAAGCAGGAGAUGGCAAGGGCACAGUUCCCAAGUCUUACAUGAAGAUCAUCACUCCGCUGCCCAAAGUGCCCAGCAGCACAGGAACAUCCCAGUCCUCAGGUCCUGGGAGACCUCAGAAAGAGAGCAGUGGUCUACAGGCUCAAGUUCUGUAUGACUUUACUCCAGAGAGCCCUGACGAGCUGGCCCUGAGGGCAGGGGACACAGUGUCCCAUGUGGAGCGCAUCGACAGCGAGUGGUACCGGGGGACGUGCAGGGGCAGCUCUGGCAUCUUCCCAAUCAAUUAUGUCAAAGUCCUGUCGAGCAUUCCAGCGCCGCCCAAUGGGAAGACUGAUCGUCCUAAACCAGCACCCGUCAGUGGUCCAAGGUGUGUGGCCAGAUUUGAUUUUGAGGGGGAGCAGAGUGAUGAGCUCACCUUCUCUGAAGGCGACGUGAUUAAGCUGAAGGAGUAUGUAGAUCAGGAAUGGCUCAUGGGGGAGUUUGACGGCCGCACUGGACUCGUCCCCCUGAACUUUGUCGAAAUCGUGGAGGACCUGCCUUCUGUCCACAGUAGAGUACCUCUUCCAGGUCUGGGUUCAUCAAUCAAGACAAACAACCAGGCUGUUAAAGCUAGUCAGUCCCAGGCUGCGCCUGCUGCUGCCGAGUGGGGAGUUGCACUCUAUGACUACACGCCACACACGGAGGAAGACCUGUCUUUAAAACAGGGCGACUACAUCCUUAUCACUGAGGAAAUAGAUGCAGACUGGUCCAGGGGGAGGCUCAAUGGCAAGGAGGGCUUCUUCCCAACUUCUUAUGUCCAGCGCUCUGCAGGUUCACCUACAAGUGGAAAUUCACAAACUGGGAAUAAGCAGGGAGGAAGGGCCAAAGCUUUAUUUGACUUCACUUCAGAGAGUGAGGAUGAGCUCUCAAUGAAGGCAGGAGAUAUAAUAACAGCUCUGGAGUCCGUGGAUGAAGAGUGGUUUGCUGGAGAACUGAGGGGGAAGUGUGGCCUGGUUCCCAAAAACUACGUCCAAGUGCUGCAAGAACCGUGAAGGAGUCUCGCUGACAGUUCCACACCUGAAGAAACUGAAAUAUUGUAAUUGCAUUACACCUGUGGGCGUUGACCCCCCGGAUGAGAGAAGAAUAUGACAAUCAUCAAGAAUAUUUCAAACUGACCUGCAGAUGGUCUCUUACUGACUGUCCCCUGCUCAUGCUGUGCAUUCAGGGUUUUUACUUAAUUACAAAAGUGCCUUUAUGAAAAAAUGUGGCAUUGAACCACUGAAGUAUUCUUCCAUCUGAACCUAAAUAUUGGAAUUGGGGAUAAUAUAAUUAUGAGACACUAAAGACUGCAUUGCUGCAUUAAUGACCAUCAUUGUCAUAAGUAACCUUUAUAUAUAUAUUUUUAGACAAAGAUUUUAAAACUUUAUUUGGUAUUCACACUGAAUAAUUACGAUUUGAAUUGUCAAAUUUGUCUCAAAGUAAGUUUGUCUCACAUAAGUGUGUGUUUUCUCACAAACUCUGACACAACAAAACACACAUACUGCACAAAAUUGAUACAAUGCGUGUCUGAAGAUGCCUACCUCUCACUAUGUUGCCAAUAUUUCCCACACCAGCCAAAAAAAAACAACUGUUUCUUAGUUCUUAUUGGGAGUUUAAUACUGCAAAAGCUAGAAUAAGGUACUUUAUGCAGUUUAAUUUUUCAUGACUGGUACUGUAUUAUCUAAACACCCCUUUUCAAUGAAAUUCCAGUAAGAAAAAUAUGAA